ACCCAGCCAUCUCAAUCAUAGCCUCCCUGACUGCACCAGAAUGAUUGGCACUCUGUAUUUCUUAGCGCUGCUGAGCUCCACGAUGGCCUGGGGGAGUGUAGGCCUGUGGAAUGAGGGGCGGAAUGAGACAGGAGGUGGAAGCGGGGACAGGUGCAUUUGUGAUGCCUUCUUACCCAGUUCUACCUUUCCUAUCAAAGACCUGGUGGUGGUAGAGCAGACAUCUGUGGAGAUCACACACAAACUGGAGCUGGAAAUGGGGAAGCUGGAAGAGUAUGAGACCAAGCUGACAGUGUAUGCAGAAAAGAUCAUAAAGUUGACAGUGGAAAUUGAAAAAAUAGAGAAGAACCCAGAUAACUACAAUGAGGCUGACAUGGAUGAGGUUAAGGUGGAGAUUAAACAAGUGGAGGCUCUGAUUAAAGAGCUGCAGAUUUCCAUCACAAGCAGCACCACUGUCUUUGAAUCUCUACGUGUACAGAUCACAGCCAUGGUGGAGACGCUGGACAGGCUGGAGUUGACCUACGACAAGAAUACGAUUCUGGAGACCCGUCGGGAGUACACCAAGGUGCAGCUGCAGCUCGAGGAGUGCGAGAGACGCCACCAGGAGCUUUUUAACCCCAACAUCGGUUCUUGCGCACACACAGGUAUUAUCAAAGUCAGCAAGCCUAUUGUGAGCCAACUGAAUGCCCAUCUUAGUAUUAACAACAAAUACGGAGGCUGGGGGAAAGAUUCAAAGCCUGUUCCUGACAGAGAAUCUAUGUACUGGUACUCUGGGUAUUCUAGUGCUUCCAUUGUAGACAUUAGGUUUUACACUAACUACAAGAACCUCAUUUUGAGAAACAACUUCCAGCAUCACAACUUACACAGCAGCUGGUAUGGUACAGGGAACAAUUUCAUUAUCCGUGACAACACUCUGUAUUAUCAGAUCAACAACCCGUUUGGGUUGGCCAAACUGAAUUUCACCACCAUGAAAUAUGAGUCUAGGGUGAUUCCUGGGGCGAGCACCAGAUUCUCUUACACUCACACCCCCAAUCAGAUCUUUGACUUUGCUGCUGAUGAAACCGGUCUGUGGGUGACUUACGCUACAGAGGGGUCUGGUGGUCGGAUGGUCAUUGCAAAAAUAAACGAACCUUCUUUUGGGGUUGAGGAGGAGUGGCAGACUGCCGUCUAUAAACCAGGAGUGACCAAUGCCUUCAUGGUAUGUGGCGUUCUGUAUGCAGUCAGAACAGUUGAUAUGGAAAAUGAAGAGAUAUUUUACAAGUAUGACACCAAAACAAAACAAGACAGCUACAUGAGUGUUCUGUUUGAGAGGUUCCAGGAUAAGUAUUACAACCUGGACUACAAUCCCACUGACCAGAAGCUCUACAUGUACAAUGAUGGCUAUUAUGUGAACUACCAUCUGUGGUUUAACCACACAGCUACAGCCACUGUGGAGCCAGCAGUUGUCUUGAUUUAAAUCGUUAUAUGUGACUUACUUAAGUAUGAAAUCUUAUGAAUGAAGCAUAUCUUUCAUUUCUUCUAGCAUGCUUAUGUAGUCAUAAGUCAUUUCAUUUAUUCUUCUUACUGAUCACUAAUAAAUGAUUUCAAGCAUUACAAAAGU